AUUAUAGACUACAACCGGUAGGCCUUCCUAUCGCGGGCUCACAUCGUCAGAUGCGUGAGGAGCCUUGGAGGAACGGCCGGUCAGCUACGCAUCAUAUCACCAUGGCUCGAGAAAUAAGGAGAUUUUCGUAAUUAAACAGAAUAUUUAGCCACCUUCCAUCCAUCAGGCUCUCUCAAAUGCAUUCAAGUUCAUUGCUUCUUUUCCUCUUGCUAUCCAUCCUUGGGAGCCACCUUUCCAUCUCACUCUCUCCUGCCCCCCAUCUCACUUUCCCACUGCCACUGCCCGUCCACAGUAGGAUGCCAUCUUCCGCGGCGAGCCCAUCUACUGGUCGAGACAUCAUGUUUGGUACAAGACUACCUCCCACCUUUCCCCUCUUAUUCCUGAACGCGGGCCAACAAGAGCACAACCAAAAACGUAUACCGCCUGAUUCGCGAGGCAAUAUACAGGGGGAUAGCCGAGAGGUAGGAAGAAAAAUACAGUCGCGUAAUCAAGGGAAUCUUGGGAAACCGUCGGGUCGCCGUCUCAUCGUUGGGAAGAAAGUUAAUUUCAUGAGCCAGCCUCCCCACGACGCUUUCUGGCUUGGGUCAUGCAAUUAGAAGUAAAGGGUAUUGUAGAAAAAGCAAACGUUUUUGUUGUUCAAAUCAGACCGCACAACCGCA